AUGGUUCAGGUGUUCGAUGUGCUAUUGAACGGUGAGGUUGUGAUACCAGAAUUGGAUAUUUUCAAAGAGGCAGGCGGAAUUGGCGUUGCUUAUGAUCGUUUAAUAACAUUUUAUGUAAAGAAAGGCAUCUUAAUAGUUGGCAAUCGUCGUGACACUUCCUCGCAUCUGAGGAUCACAUUCGCUAAGGGUGCUUUGGAUAAUCCAAAAAUAAACGCAUUCUACGUAUAUCGCGGCCCUAAAACAGUAAGAGUUUCCAUGGAAGGUGAAACGGAUGAUGAAAUCGAGGACGAAGAGCUGGACUUGGAUUCCCGUGUAAAUAUGCAUCGUUUCGAAGAUGAGCCACUGGUUGCGGAUCCGUACACGGAACAGGACACCAACCAUAUGUUCAUACCAUUUCUUGUUGCUUUUGCUUGCAAAAAAGAUUCCGGAUGCUCCGCUUUACUGGAUUUCAUUGUUCUUGUUAAGGAAGCGAACAUAAGCGCUUUGAAUAGAACAGAAGUGUGUAGAAAUGCUACCUCUUUGAUUGAGUAG